GCGGGCUCCAUCACACCUGCCUGUACUCAGCACAGACAUCACGCGUCGACUUCUGACAGACACCACUGACAGCCUCACACUUCUCUCUGGACUGUCCCUCGACUUUCGAAGCGCGCAUAUUGCGCGUUCCUGGCGCGCAGGAGACCUGACGACGCUGCCCCCAAACUUCCCAAAUUGCGUCGCCAGCACUUCGCGUGCUAGGCCACGACCGCGUCCAUGUGGCUUACCAGAGCUAUCUCUUCCAUUUCUUUCCUUUCGACAAUCGUGUUCACGAUACCUCUGGCCUUCGAUGUCGGCGGGAGAACGUGUGGCCUGGCGUUCUCGCUGUCCCUGGCAUACUUUUACCUCUUCUUCUCGAUCCUAAAGCUCUCGACACCGGAUACCUCGCGAUUCCGCUAUGCCUUGGUCCAGCUUGUAGCUUUCUUUCAAUGGCUCAUCAUUCCUACGCUGAUGAUAUGGUGCCUAAACAAAUUCUCGGUCGACGGAGAUGGAAGUAACUGGGUAGAAAAGACAUUUGGCGGGAAAAGAGCUGAACCAAGUGGAAUAUACGAAUGGAUAUUCGGCAGAGGAGGCUUCCUGGAGAACUCGUUCAUUGGCAGUUGGGACAAAGUUCUGCGAUGGUCUACGCCAGUUUUCCAGAUUGCGGAAGGAUUCUGUACAGUGCUUGUCAUCCAAGCUUGUGGACAGAUCACAAGAUGGCUUGUCAAUAGAGAACGCGGUGAUACUUGGAUGAUUGGACUCCUUGUUUUUUCCGCUUCUGUCAUUUCCAGCUCUGUAUACUUCCUCUGGAGGAUCACCAAGUUCCCUGAAAUUAGCAACGUCGACGCCAUUCUCAUUGGUGCGGCAGUUACAUGUGCUAUCUUCUUAUGCUCCUGGGGUAUCGGGAGCGGUCGCGGAAAUCCUGUGGAAAGCUCGCUACUUUUCGCGUACGUCGUGCUCUGUAUCUACCAGAUCUUCACCGACUACAUGCCCUCGGAAGCAAACCAGGAGCAAUCCUCGCAGCCGGCACAACCCGCGCUACCUCCUCUACCACCGAUAAUCAUGGCUUCGUACACGACCUUGAUUCAGGCCUUUUCCACACUACCAUCCACGAUGCACCUGGCUUUCAAUUUCGUUGUGGCUGCUACCAUGACGAUCACCCCAUCUGUCAUCAUCUCUCUGGCAUACAGAGUGUUCGUUUUAUACUCGGCUGUAAGAAUCAUACCAGUCAUCCGAGAAUCUGGAGCGCGCGCUUUAUCAGAAGAGCCAUCAUUGGAUGACAGCGAUGAUGUUGCCCGUAUUCUUGGGUUUGCCAGCUACUUCAGUCCAAGCAUUCUCAUCUCGGUCUACACCAGUCUUCUCAUGCAACAUUUUGCAUCUUCCAGUAACGAAUUCGGUGCCCAAGAUUGGUGGACGAGUCAGGCCGGUGAUACAGGGGGUAAUCUAUGGCGAUGGAUCAACCUAGCUGCAACGAUGACUUGGUACGCCAUCGAGCUCUACAUAUCGAAAGAGGAUGCUACGCACCACUGGAAAUCCGACUGAAUGGCUUUGUAACCCUCAUUUCGGAUCUUGUUUACUGCUUUUGGGGCCGAAUGCCUGAUAAAGCCCUACUGAAGACGCUUGCAAGAUUAUAGCAAUG